AUCCUCCAAAUCACAUUUAUUCCUCCUUAUCCACAUGUACAGAAAACCACCCUUUAUUAUUAACAAAUAAUGAAUGAUUCUAAUAAUCUAAUUCUAAUUCUAAUAAUUCACAGUUGAAAUUCUCGUUUCCAGGUGUGAGAAAAUUACUUCAUGAUAGCAGCAGCAGCAGCAGCAGCAGGUCAGUCCCCCUCCUGUCCGAAAUCCUUCCUCGGAUAUCGGACUCCGCGCCGCCGCCGCGGCAGCAGAAACUUCAUCUGCGCUGCUGCCGCGGCCCCAAACGCGCGGGUGCGAAACUGGAAUUCGGAUUCGGGUUCAGAUUCGAGUUCGAGUUCGAGUCCGAGUUCGAAUCCGGCGACGCUCUACGACGUGCUCGGCGUUCCUGCAUUCGCCGCGGCCUGCGAUAUCAAGGCGGCCUACCGCCGCCUGGCCCGCGAGCGCCACCCCGACGUGGCUGCCGCGGCGGUGGAUCAGAACGGCGGAGGGUCGGCGGAGGAGUUCAUCCGGAUCCACGCGGCCUACGCCACGCUGUCGGAUCCGAACAAGCGCGCCGAGUACGACCGCGAUGUGAUACGGCAGCGGGCGGGCGGUUGUAGGCAGGUUUGCUCUUACGGUGGGCUGUCGCAGGCCCCGACGCCCAGACGAAUGCCGCGCCGGUCGUGGGAGACAGACCAGUGCUGGUAGGCGUGCCGGGUUCAGCGCACAAUUAAAGAAUAGAAAGGUUUCGAUAUCCAACGAUAGAAAAAGAUGUGUCUGUAAAAUAUUAGUCCGUCACGGUUACUUUAUAUCUUGUAAUCUUUGUAUAAUUAAUGUUCGCCUAAUAUAAGUGUCUGUUAUUCUGGAAAUGAUUAUUACAAUAAUUAAUUAUUAGUGAAAUUGGGAA